UUUUUUUUUUUUACUUUCAAUGAAACUUCAAGUUUUCGCAGCACACAACACCCCCACCAUACUUAAAGAUCCGACAUCAAUCCAAUCGAGAGAGAAAAAUGCUUUCGUAACUGUAUGCAGCACAUAUCUCAACUCAAUCUUCUAAAGGAGGAAUAUAGACAGUGAAGAAGAACAAGAAGAACAAGAAGAAGAAGGAGGAGGGGAAACCCAAAAAUGUCUAUGAACAUGGCUCACUCACGCUGUUUCGCCAACACCUCGCCCGCUCGCGCUCUCCAUCGAGUUCUCAUUUCAGAUUCUAUCUACGGCAGCCGCAGCGCCCCUAACAGCAACAAUGCCCAAGCGAAUUCAUAUUACCUCUUCCCUCCGCGGCUCUUCUCCUCGCUCUCCCCCAGCCGACGCCUUCUCCUCAAUAGACAUGCCAUUAUAUCAGCACCGACAUUAUCAGCAUCCUCCCAUAUCCGUGGGGCCGCUGCCUUCAGCACCACCCCAUCCUUAGGCAUGCAGCGCAUCCAAGCCCUCAAGCACCGUGUCAUCAACCAUAAGAUCAUGUAUGAGUGGGUGCGCAUAGCCUCUGCGCCGCCGGAGAGCACGCUUUCAGAGCCACGGCUUCGAGACGACGUCCUUGCUGAGCUAAACCUAGAUACGCACACGCUACUGAUGGUUGCAUCCCCACCGCUGCCCAAGGUCGCCGAGGAGGAGAUAGGAGAGGAUGACCCUAACUGGUCCCCGCCCGCCGCCAUCUGCCGCAUCAUCGACAACGAGGCGGCUAUGCGGAUGGAGGCCGAGAUCCGCGAGCACCGCCGGCGCCGGGAGAUCAACACCAAGGAGCUCGAGUUCUCGUGGAGCAUCUCGACCAACGACAUGGCGCACAAGCUGCGCCGCAUGCGCGAGUUCCUCGACCGCGGCUUCCACGUCGAGGUCAUGCUGGCGAAGAAGCGCAAGGGCCGCCAGGCGACGCAGGAGGAGGCCGAGGCGGUGCUCGCGAGCGUGCGCGAGGCCGCCAGCGAGGUCGAGGGUGCCAAGGAGACGCGCAAGAUGGACGGCGACGUCGGCGGCAUCGCCCGCCUGUACUUCGAGGGCAUCAGCCUCAAGACGAGGAAAAAGCAGCUGGAGGACGAGAAGGAGCGGCUGAAGGCCGAGGCGGCCAAGAUGUUCAUGGACAAGUUCAAGCAGGCGCAGAAGAAACUGAAUGAAAAUUAGAAAACGCGAUCAAGAAUCAAGAAGAUGAUUGAUGCUGUAUGUAUCUAUCUAUCUAUGUAUAUUACGAGAAAAGCCUCUAGGUUAUAGAGAUGCGUUGAAAAGACUUGCUCUCGAAGCAGGUACAGUAGGUAUAUUGAUUGACCAAAUAUAUCCCCUGAUAUAUACAUACCUAACCUAGGUUGGUAUAUUACAUGUGGUGGCUGUCCGGAACGCCCAGAUAAGUUCCCUAGGUACCUAUCUAUUAUAGAUGUACAUGUAUUUGAACCUCAUAUGAUGCCUCUGCCUACCUAGUAG